GCAAGUUCUUUUGAAAACCAGUCAUAAGGAAACUGUCCGACAUCCCUACACCUACGCUUCCAGCACCACCGUCGCCGCCAAGUGCUGCAUCCCUCUUUGCCCGAGUCGCCGCUAGAACGGAGGAACAUCCAACUGAAUCGCCAUACGAGGCCCGUAUUCGACCUCGAGCAAACCACGCCACGUACGAAUAUCGGACGCGCACAAACCAAGAUGUCGUUCUCAAACUGUCGCUUUUACGAGGAGAAGUAUCCGGAGGUGGAGUCCUUUGUGAUGGUCAAUGUCAAACAAAUUGCAGAAAUGGGUGCAUACGUUAAGCUGCUCGAAUAUGACAACAUCGACGGCCUGAUCUUGCUCAGCGAACUGUCCCGAAGACGUAUAAGAUCCAUCCAGAAGCUUAUCCGCGUAGGCAGGAACGAGGUCGUUGUCGUGCUGCGAGUGGACAAAGAGAAGGGUUACAUUGACUUGUCGAAGCGUCGAGUGUCGCCGGAGGACAUCAUCAAGUGCGAGGACCGCUACAACAAGUCGAAGCUGUCGCACUCGCUGCUUCGCCACACUGCCGAGAAGUGCGAGAUCCCCAUCCUGGAGCUGUACGAGAAGAUUGGCUGGCCGUUGUCGCGGAAGUACGGCCACAUGCUUGAUGCGUUCAAGCUGUCCAUCACGGAUCCCGACGUGUGGGAGGGCAUCGAGUUUCCAAGCGAAGUCGCCAAGGCAGAGCUCAUCUCGCACAUUGGCAAGCGUCUGAUGCCGCAACCUGUCAAAGUGCGUGCCGAUGUCGAAGUGACAUGCUUCGGCUACAACGGAAUCGACGCCAUUAAGGAUGCCCUGCGUCAGGCAGAGGCCAAGAACACAGCCGACACGCAGGUCAAAGUUAAGCUCGUCUCGCCUCCGCUCUACGUUCUCACAUCGCAAUGUCUUGACAAGAAUCUGGGUAUCCAGGUGCUUGAGGAUGCGAUCAAGGAGGUGGAGAAGAGCAUCAGCAGCAACGGUGGUCAAUGUGUCAUCAAGAUGGCGCCCAAGGCGGUCACGGAAAGCGACGAUGCUGAGUUGCAGGCUUUGAUGGACAAGAGAGAGAGGGAGAAUGCGGAAGUCAGUGGAGAUGAAGAUAGCGAUGCUUCGGAUGACGGUGAGCUUGAAGCUUGAGAUGGCUCUGCCAAUGACAAUUGAACGAUGUCGACGGCGGCAGCUACGACUCUUGAAAAGACACAUGCUUGUGGAUUUUUCAAUAAAUGAGAACCAACGGACCGGAUUCGUGUGACUCCGGCAGAAAAGCACAUUGGCAAAAAGCAUUGUGAUGAAUAGCACUACGGUGGAAAGGGCGUUGCUACCAAUAGUAUGGUAUUGGCAUUGUAGCGUUCGGGCAGAAAGAAAACCAAAAAAAGAGUCCGAGUAGAGACUUGAAGAUUUUGA